CCAUGGACCGAGUAAACCCUGACAACCAACUGCUGUGUCUCAUAUGGUGCAUCCAAUAGUAUUGAUUGACAAUAUUUCCAAGUGGCUUGCUACUUGUGCAACGAAUACCGCUGGGCUUCUUCACUUGACUGGCCUCGAGGCGAGGCAACAUCCUUCAAAGGCGUGUUCUAGACUAAAACCUACUUCUUGACAGCUAAAUUCACGGAUAUGUCUGUACAAUCUUCACAGUCCCCACAGGCCGAAUCUGUGACAUCCAGGCAGCAAUUUGAUGAGAACAAGCUUCCCAGCGGCCAGUGCCGAUACAUCCUGCUAAAUCCUGAAAUUAAAGGACAGCGCUGCGCCUGUGUUGGGUUUACUAUCAACCGGUCUCUUCCAGGUGUUACCUGCGACUGUGGUCACCUCUCGUGUUAUCAUGUCCAAUCGGCUGAACCGCCCCUAGACAAGGACGAAGUUGACGUGCUUCGGCGGCGUAUCAGGCUACUCGAAGAGCAGCUAGACCGGGACAAUGAUGGGGGGCUCGGUAGUGUUUUAAGCAGCAUGGUUCAACGCCUCGGCAACCUCGAGGAACAGGCUGAGAAGAAUCGAGAAGAGACAGAUCAAGAAAUGAAAGGCUGCUAUAGAAACGUGGACCGUGUAUGGCAGUCGGUUACCCAGCUUGAGAGACGGCAAGCCGGCUAUGAAAAUCGCCUUUUCAUGUUCGACGAACGCCUAGAUAGCCACGACGACACUCUACAAAGAUUAGGUGACCGAUUAAUGGAAAUGGAUGAAGCAUCAAUGAUGCUCGAAGAACGUCUAGAUGCAUUGGAGGAAGAAGACGGCCCUCAUAUUCCUUUCCAGGGACGCAAGCGAAGAUCCACAUCGGGCUCCGAAGAGUCAAAAAACUGUAGAGGUGUAUUACGACAGCACCGCCUACCUAGUAGUUCUGGCCCAAGUGUUACGGCACAACCUGCUUCACCGCCGGUCUUGAACUCUUGCUCUACUUCUGCUGAGGGUGGUCCAGUAGAGGUGAUAGGAUCAUGGACAGUACAUGUCUCGCUUCUACCGACAGCAUCGCAGCCCUUCCCCUUUGAGAAGGACACGAACGCUUAUAAACGGUGCUUGUCUCGUGGGCUUCAUCAAAUGAUUGCGGUUGGGGGGGUAGAUGGCGAAUCCUUUGUCAAGGCCGUAUCUAAGGCUUUUGGUAGUCUCCUCCGGGGCAGGGAUUGGGUACCACUGCAAGCCCGGUUAUGUGACGCCGUAACACUGCAAGGUCUCCCUAUGCUCCGUCCCUUAGACCCAGCUUUAAUCGGCGCGAACUACAAUCUCGACUUUCUACGCAAGUAUUGUGCUGUCUGUUGCCCAAAUGGCAAAGUCGAGUCCUUGUAUAUUGCCAUGUUAUCCGAUACCUUCUCAUGGCAAUUCCUGAGGCGAUCUCCAUGCUAUCUAGAAGGACUAGAGGAGUGCUGGGCCUACGAUCCGCUACUUGACCCGAAUGAUAAACUCGAAGGAGACAACAGUGAUGCAGAAUAUCGGCGUUCGGCAGGGGAGAUCGUGCUACCUCUGCCAUCAUUAAAACGAACAGCGUCAGAGAUGUCGCGGACGCCGAGUUUGAGCUCGGCGUCUGCCAAUGAAGGGAAUGAUGGUUCUCGACAAAAAUUGCCACGGGCUUGUAUUCAAGCAGCUAUGGAACUUCGUAGGCGAGGAGUGGAGAUGGUUUAGAUCCGAUGCCUGAGUAUACUACAUAGAGCACAUUCCAGUGUGCAAUAAUAGACAUGGCAGGGCGCUAUCCUCUUUUAUUAUCAUUAUUAUAAGUUACGGUCUAUCCCUUUUUGACCAGGGGAGUUUCUGCU